CUCUAGUAACUUGUGAUAUUCUACCAUGCAGAUCCACAGUAAGAGCAAGAAGAAAAAAAUAGAAAUUUUUUCUCGACCAAAACGGAGAUGCUGAGGACUCGAUUGCUUUGGUCCACGCUGGGAUUCUCAGUGACGGGAGCUGCAAUUGCUCACUUCGUAUGGAGGGAUCUUUAUGCUGGUCGACAUGCGCUUUCAGCUGAGACGGUGCAGAAAUUUCGUGACCUAGAAGCCAGAGUCUCGAUUCUUGAGUCGAAUCCAGGUCGGGUUGAUGGUUAAAUCUUAUGCCUCAAGUGAUUUGCUGACGAGAUCUGGCUACUUCAUUGCCUUGUACUGAGUUAUCUAUAAAUAGUUGAGCAGUGUUUACUAUGAAAUUGUUCUGGUUUCUAGACUUGAAAGAUUCAAGGUGGUCCAUUGUGGUAUUCCUCUCUGAAUCCUUAAUGAGUUAAAUUUGAGUUUCUCUUUUCUCUCAAUUAAGCACUUGGAAGUUCUUACCAAGAAAAAAAAUGCAAGCAGCAGUAAGCAGUUGUACAAAAUAAGAAGAAAUACUGGAAA